CACGACACCACAUCACAAGCGGGCAGAGGCGCAUAUCGAGUAUUGCUGUCUAUGAACACUCGCGCCUGAGUCACCUGUUCUAUUGGCGCGUAAUAUCCCCGCGAGAAAGCGUGCAACCGCAACAACCGCCGCGCCUCGAUGCCCGCAACACCAGCGGCUACACCAAAGCCUAAGCAGAGGCCUGGAGCGGCAGCGCCGAGCACACCAACACCCGCCCAGCCUACCCCAGACGACAGGGACAAGACUGUCAGGCUGCACAUCACGCCCUUCAAUCCCACCCUCCUCAAAGCCUACAUCCCGCCCUCGGUGCUGCCCGUCGCGAAAAACAUCUCCUACCACACCCUCGAGACGUUCCCCGAGAAAGGCUUCGGCUACGUCGAGCUGCCCGCCAUGGAGGCCCAGAAGCUGAAGAAGAAGCUGAAUGGGUCUACGCUGAAGGGAUCCAAAGUCAGGAUCGAGGAAGCGAAGCCGGAGAAGCGCAAAGCCGGCGAUGUUGUGGACGUCGAAGCUGAGGAGGCAGAGCGGGCGGCGAAGCGCGCGAAGAAGGAGAAGAAGAGGAAGAGGAAGGAAGACGGCGUGUUGGAGGGCGUGCAGUUACCUGACGAGCGCAAGGUCAAGCGCGGGUGGACCGAGGUUCCGGUGAAGGGCAAGAAGGAGCGGACGGAAAAGAAGGAAAAGAAAGACAAGAAGGAGGAGAAGAGGGAGCGGAAGAAGUCCAAGUACACCAAGGAGCCGGAACUGCUCUUCAAGGCAAAGUUGACGCCCGUCGCGGCCACCGAGGUCGCACACAAGGAGAAGAAAGACAAGAAGAAGAAGGACAAGAAGGACAAAUCGAAGCAGGAGGUCGUCGUGCAUGAGUUCGAGAAGAAUACCAAAACACCCAGCUUCCUCAAAGCUACCGCGAUAUCCACGGACAAAAAGGGUGCAGUCGAUUACGUGAAUGACAAGGGAUGGGUGGAUGAGGAAGGCAACGUGAUAGAGCCGGAAACAGCCAAGGCGAAGAACAGAAGAGUGCUGGAGCUCGUCGAAUCCAGGCCAGAUGCCCCCUCGCCAAAGUCCAAGAAGAAAGCCCCUGCCACACCCCCGCCCAACGGCUCUCCAGCGCCCAAGUCGGCAGGAAAGGACAAGAAGAGAGCCAAGAAGGCGACCCCCCCGUCAGAAUCUUCAGAGCCAGAGGAUUCAUCAGUCGUAUCUUCAUCGUCCGACUCCGACUUUGAUUCCGAUUCUGAAGCCUCAGCCGGCGCGUCCGAACCCGCCUCUCCAGCACCCGCAUCCACCCCAGCAAAAGCCAAGUCCAGCACCCCCGAGAUCGCCAUCACGCCCUCUUCCCCUGCCAAGAGGGAAAUACACCCGCUCGAAGCCCUUUUCAAGAAGCCCAAACCCGCGCCCCUUCUUACGCCUUCCUCACACCCAACAUCCACCCCCGCGAAAGGCCUCGCCCCAAUCAACACCUCUUUCUCCUUUUUCGACGGCGAGCCCGACGCAGACGCAGACGUCCACAUGGAGAACGGCGACGGCGAUCACGCUGCUGUGCCAUUCACCCCGCAGACCCAGCGCGACAUAGAGUGGCGCGGUCUCCGCAGCGCAGCGCCCACGCCAGACACCGCUGCCAUCGGGCGUCGGUUCAGCUUUCCGUGGCGCAGUGGCAGCCAGGAAGCUGACGACGACGAUGACGACGACCAAGAUGCCGACGUCGAAGCAUCCGCGCAGCUGUCGAACAACACUAAGGCUAAUGCCACGGCAUCACAGCUUGCUGAUGUUGCGGAGGAAGACGAGGAGGAGGUUGAAGGGGUCGUUGGUGCAGAGGAGGAGAAGGAGGAGGAGGGCGAGAAGGAGGAGAGCGAGUUUAGAAAGUGGUUCUGGGAGAAUCAGGGGAAUUUGAACAGGGCGUGGAAGAGGAGGAGGAAGGAUGCGGUCAAGACGAAGAGGAGUGUGGAGAACAGGCGGGCGGCUGGGGGUGCGAGGAGGGGCGCGUGAGGAGUAGAAUUAACGUUGUAGGUAGUAGUGUGAAAAGGUAUUUGGUAUUCUGAGAAGUUUAAGUCGUGUGCGGAAUCUCAAACAGAACGAGAACGAGAAAACUUCGUCUAGGACAUGUCAAAAUCAAACAAAGGAG